AUGGCGUUCACACCGCACGCCGAUUGGCGCCGCUCGCAGUUUCGGACCGAAGACCUCUUACUCGACAGCAAUCUAUACGACGCCAAGCUGCCGCUGCACUUGGCCAUUGCCAAUGGCUGUGUGCAGUUGGCCAAGCGCAUGCUUCGCUGCCGCCCGGACCUCGCCUCGGAGGACGCGAUCGUCUUGGCCUUUUGGAAGGGCCACCUCGAGAUCGCUGAGCUUCUCUUGGACGAGCGCGAGAAUAUUCCCGAGCUCCAGAAUCUCGUGCGGGUCGAGGCUGGCGCGAGAGUGCGCAAACCAGCUAUCUUGUCGAGCGUUCUGGCUCAAGACGACACGAAAGGCGUCGAGCUGCUCCAGCGCUUUGGCCCAUGCCCCAGCGACUUUGGUGCCGACGACAAGCAGAUUGCCAUUUCGGAAGCGACCUUGGAGAAUGCGACGCUCGCACUUGACGUCUUUCCGUGGUUGGACUACCCAGCUCUCUUGGACGAUGUUGCAAGCCAAGGCUUCCUGCCGCUCGUACGCUUGCUGCACGAACGCGGUCAUGAGUGCUCGACGAACGCCAUGGGCAUGGCAGCGGCCAACGGCCAUUUGGAGGUCGUUCAGUUCCUCCAUGUCAACCGAACAGAAGGCUGCACGGUCGAUGCGCUCGACGGCGCCGUUCUCUUUGGUCACAUCGACGUUGGUCGCUUCCUCAUUGAGCACCGCAUGGAAGGCGCGUCGCCCAACAUCCUUGACGAAGUUGCUGCCAACGGCCACCUCGAGAUCGUUGAGUACCUUCAUUCUCUUAGCUCGUUUGACUGCACGGUCGACGCUGUCAACAAAGCUGCGUCCGGUGGCCAUUUGGAGGUCGUCACGUUUCUCUUGACCAACCGACGCGAAGGCUGCAGCCGCGAUGAGGUCGUUGAAAAAGCUCUCGAUGGCGGUCAUCUGCGCACAGCAGAGUACCUCCUCUCGCUCGACUACCCGUUUCCGACCAAGAUCAAGCUUCACGGAGGAGGUUUCGACAAGCCCGAGAUGGUUGGUGUCCUUGAGCUUCUCCUCGCCCACGGCAGGCCCUGUGACCCAGGUUGGAUGCGCAGCGCCAGCGCUUUUAACAACCUGCUGCUUGCGCGCUUCCUCCACGGUCACCCGAACUAUUGCUGUCACCGCGACGAGCUGAAAACAGCGAUCAACUGCGGGGCGUGGGACGUCGUGGACUUUCUCUUGGCCCACUGCACGGCCAGAAUCUCGGUCGAUGCGCUACAAGCUGCACUGAGUUUCGGUACUGUCGAUGUCGUGUCGCGCAUUCUGCAGCGCCGGCCAAAACUUGGACACGAUGACCUUCUUGAUUUGGCAAUUCGACGCCACAACACGGAGGCGAUCCAGUGCCUCCUCACCGCCGGCAUCGGCAAGCCCCGCGCCUGCCUCAUCAAGAUUGUACGUCGUCGAGAGCACUCGACGGCGAGCAAGCUCGUACUACCGUACUGCAUGGACACCGUCGACCACCUCGACAACGUCCUCUUCCUUAUCGAGCUCUACGAGAAGUCGGACCGCCGGUCGCGAACGCUGCAGCUGAUCACGCCCGAGCUCACGGUCCAAGGAACAUGGCUGCCGAAGCUAAGCCGUUUGCACCAAGUGUGGCGGCGCGAGCGACAGCGCUGCUCCGGUCUACCGAGCGCGUCGGUGGCGCGACUCAUGCGCUUGGUCAACAUGGUCACUGACGGCGAGCUCAAGACGCAACUCAAUCGCCUCGUCGCUCACAAACGCAGCCGAUCGGGACGCCCUGCGUAA